UAAGACUAUCUCGUGGGAGAAAAUGGCGUAUGUGUUCCCGAAGAGCGGCGGUGUGUCGCUCAAGCAGGUGAAGAAUGUCUUGAUCACUUUUUGUCCUUUCGAGUCCAACGUGCAAAGCACCAGAAAUUUUCUUCAAUGUCUAUUUGAAAAGAAGGCAUACAAAUCAAACUUGAACUGUGAUGUGAAAACAGAGAUAAAACAUGAUGGAUCUGAACCAGUUAUAGACAUCACAUUUGCUGACGGUGACAGACUGAUUAUGAAAGGAGCCAGUUUAACUACUAAAGAAAUGUUAAAUGCCUUCAACUCUAGAUGUCAAAAGAAAGAGUGUGCAUUGGCAGAGUAGCCACCAAUAUAAACUGUCUGAAAACUGACAAUAGAAGAGUUUGCAUCAAUCUGCAUGAAACUACUUCUCUCAGAAAAAUGGCAAGGACUUAACUAAUGACUGAAAGAAAUCUGGAUAUAGAAAGGAGGAAGACUGAUUCUGGUAAAAAAAACAAUGCCGUUUGGACUUU